AUGGGAAAGUCUAUCAAGGUUCAGAAAAAGCCCCGAUCUACAGUCAAAGACAAGCCUAGAAAGAGGCAAGACACUCCCGACUGGGAUGAUGGGCAUGACAAAAACCGGUUUAGGGAGCUCCGGACAUCGCGGGCAGAGAUCAAAAAGUACCGCGAGAGAAUUGAAUCACUCUUUAUGAGCGACGAGGAUUCCGAAUCCGACGACGACUUCCGCAAUGUCCACUCCGAAGUUCACGUCGUCAUUGGCGAUGGCGUAGAGAGCGAACAGCCAUCACCCGGGUCCGAUGCUACAUUUGAAAGCCCCGGAACAGAUUCUGGAUACAGCCCGACGUCAAGUGCAAGUUCUGUUACUGCAUCGCCGACUCCUUGCCAACGCCGUUCUGGCACCAGAAGGGUUCUCCCUAGCCGAGAGGCGCAGUCGCCGAGGCACGAAAGUUAUACAACGGGGUCCAGGCCUCGUGCUGACUUGUAUCGCCCGGCGAAUCACUCGAGGCGAGCUCGUUCUCUCACUACUCCCGGGCUCCCUGCAGAUGCUCCGCGACAGCCAGCGGCCCAUAGGCGAGAGAGGAGUAGGAGAAGACCCGAGUCUACUCGGAACUCGGGACACAAGGUCAACAUCACAUCUUCUCUGAAUGUCAACACUACAAGACGCGAUGACCGUCGCAACUCCAGUCGUCGGGGCUAG